UAACAGACAUUUAUCAUAAAUUUUCACCUCCAGAUUCCAAAAUGUAUCAUUCAUCCCCAUUUACCAAAGGAACCCUAAAUCUCCCAUUAAUCGUAAAUAACUACCCUCCUCCAAAAACCCAGCAUUAAAUUUCACAUCCUUUUUGUAGAAGAAAACAAGAAUUUCGUUUAAGGAACUUCUCUUCUUGUUGUUUGUUUUAUAAAUCCCAUGAAAUAGUUUCAACUUUUCACCCACUCUUUCUCUCUUUCUCUCUCUUCUUCUGGAAUCCCACAAAUUUGAAUCCCCAGUUUUACAAAUCCCUAAUUUUUAGUGGUAAUAAACCGGUAGAAGAGAGAAAGCUUGGAUCUUUUCAAUGGCAUCAGAUCAGGAAUUAUCUGAGGAAAUACCAGAAGGAACAUUGAAGAACAUUCUAGACCAAGAUACCCUAAAAUGGGUUUUUGUAGGAGGGAAAGGAGGUGUUGGUAAAACAACUUGUAGCUCCAUUCUUGCAAUUCUACUUGCAAGCGUGAGACAAUCUGUUCUUAUUAUCUCAACUGAUCCGGCCCACAAUCUUGGUGAUGCUUUUCAACAACGUUUUACAAAGACUCCAACCCUUGUUAAUGGCUUCACCAAUCUCUUUGCAAUGGAAGUGGAUCCGUCUGUAGAAAGUGAAGAUCUUUCUGGUGAAGGGCCUGAUAAUUUUGUAUCAGAGCUGGCAAAUGCAAUCCCUGGAAUUGAUGAAGCCAUGAGUUUUGCAGAAAUGCUGAAAUUGGUUCAAACAAUGGAUUACUCAAUCAUAGUGUUUGAUACAGCUCCCACAGGGCAUACACUUCGUCUUUUGCAAUUCCCUUCCACUUUAGAAAAGGGCCUAUCAAAAAUGAUGACCUUGAAAAAUAAAUUUGGGGGCUUGUUAAGUCAGAUGACUCGUCUCUUUGGUGUUGAAGAUGACUUUGGAGAAGAUGCAAUCCUUGGCAGGCUCGAGGGCAUGAAAGACGUAAUCGAGCAAGUGAACCAGCAAUUCAGGGAUCCAGAUUUGACAACCUUUGUGUGUGUGUGCAUUCCUGAGUUCUUAUCUCUAUAUGAAACUGAAAGAUUGGUGCAAGAACUCGCGAAGUUUGAGAUUGAUACUCAUAAUAUUAUUAUCAAUCAAGUCAUAUUCGAUGACAAAGUUGUUGACUCAAAGCUGCUGAAAGCAAGAAUGAGAAUGCAAGAGAGUAAAAUGAAUGCUGCAAUGUCUGCGGAAUUAAAUGUCCCAAAGGAUGUUCUACAGCCAUUGCUAAAGGCUUCAAAUUCGUCAACAUUGAGUGAAGCCUUAGAAAAGCUUAUUGUUGUUUCAAAAAGCGAUGAUGGACGAUCAGAUCUUGCAUCGAAGCAUAUACUUCCAAUUGUACUCCAGCUACUUCAGCAUCUCUCGUAUCCAUCGGCACAUCCUGUUCUCUUGCUGUCUCUUAGACUUCUCAGAAAUCUAUGUGCAGGAGAUGCGGUGAAUCAGAACUUGUUCAUUGAGCAGAACGGUGCUGCAAUCGUUUCCAGUGCAAUCAAUUCUGUGGGCUAUGAUUCUGAUAAUUCAGCUUGCACAAUUGUACGCACUGCCUUACAGGUGGUAGCAAAUGCUUCACUUGCCGGGAAGGAAAGUCAGCGUGUAAUAUGGGACCAAUUUUUCCCUGAUUUUUUUCUCAGAAUCGCUAGUAUUCGCAGAAGGGAAACUUGUGAUCCUUUGAGUAUGAUUAUUUGUACUUGUUGUGAUGGAAACAUUUACUUGUUUUCUGAGCUUUGCAGAAAUCCAGGAUUGGCUAUCAUUGCUGAAAUUGUUCGUACAGCUUCAGAAGUUGGAUUUGGAGAAGAUUGGGUCAAGAUACUACUGUCAAGAAUUUGUUUGGAGGAAUCUCAUUUACCUGUAUUGUUCCAGUAUCUAAAUGAUGACUUUGACAAACUAGAAGAUCAUGAAAGUAGAAAUAUUCAUUUUACAGGAGACCAAGCUUUCCUUUUGCGCAUUGUGUCUGAAAUUUUGAAUGAAAGACUCGAGGAUAUUCAUGUUGGUUCGGAGUUUGCUUUAUAUAUUCUUGGGUUGUUUGAGAAUGCUAUCAAAGCUAUCGAUUUUUACACCAGGGGCCAGUCAAAGCUGCCCACUGGCGUCCCUUCUAUUGAUGUCCUUGGAUACUCGCUCAUUCUUUUGAGAGAUGUAUGUGCGCAAGGGAGUGCGACAGUUUCUGAAGAGAAUGAAAUUCUAGAUGUUGUAGCUUCAUUAGUGUCUAGGGGGCUUUUGGAUUUGCUAUUAUCCCUACUCAAUGAGCUUGAAUUACCAACAUCAAUCAGGAAAACUAUGAAACCGGAUAUGAACCAAGUGCCAUCUUCUCAGUCGCCAAAGAUAUGUCCAUACCAGGGUUUCAGAAGAGACAUUGUUGCAGUCAUCGGAAAUUGUUUAUACAGAAGGAAAAAUGUACAAGAUGAAGUGAGAAAAAAGAACUGUAUAUUUCUUCUUUUACAGCAAUGUGUUCUCGAUGACGAUAAUCCCUUCUUAAGGGAAUGGGGCAUAUGGUGUGCCAGCAAUUUGUUGCAAGGUAAUGAUGAUAACAAGCAGAUUGUUGCUGAUAUGGAGAUGCAAGGCACUGUAGAGGUUCCUGAACUUGCUAAGCUAGGCCUGCAGGUUAAAAUUGACCCCAAUACUAGACGUGCUACGCUUGUAAAUAUAACUUGAGCUGCUUUAGCGUAGGGCGUAGGGUAUUGACUUAGUAGUUUUAGUUGUGUGCUUUUGAUGAUAUUGGGGGUAAUGUAAUGUCAUAAAUGCUUUCCACCCUUACCUUGCAACAUGCAGGUCGUGAGUUCGAUACCCUACAGUAGCAUAAUGUCAACUUUUUUUUAAAUGCAGUGCCUUCAAGUGUGGGCAAAUAAGGGUACAUAUAUCCACCCCGGGCCCCUGGGUCGAUCCCUCAUAGCACCAUUUGUAACAUAAGAAAUGUUCAUGGAAAUUAAAAAAGAUAAAUAUUUUUAGAUGCUUGAAAUAUUAUUUUAUUGAAUAAAAAUUUAUGGAGAACAGGAAAGGAGAAAGGACCAUAGGCAUUAAAAAUAUACACAAUAAAGUUAGUGAAAAAAGAUAUGAAGAUCACCCAUAUUAAGAAAUAUUAAAUUAAAAUUAGUGGGAAAAUAGGUCUUAACUUUUGAGUGCUCGUAACUUCGAUGUCGGGACCCAGUUGCGAGUUAUAUUUUUAUAAAUUAAAUUACUUCCAAGGAAUAUAUCACCAUAAUCACUAAAAUGCCUUUUGCUCAAGCGUAGCGGAAAGAAUUCGCAAAAAAGAGAAGAAAAAAAAAGGAUGCAACACGAGGACUUCCCAGGAGGUCACCCAU